CCGAUUCACUUUUUUUCUUCUUCUUCUUCUUUCUCACUGUAAGCUCUCAGCUAUGGCUCCUCUCAAAAUUCUCCUCUGUGGUGAUGUACUCGGCCGUCUCAAUCAGCUAUUCAAACGCGUUUCUUCGGUGAACAAGGCAGCUGGUCCAUUUGAUGCUCUUCUUUGCGUAGGCCAAUUUUUUCCUGAUUCGGUUGAGGGGAUUGAUGAAUUCAAUGGCUACAUUGAGGGGCGUUCCAAGAUUCCGAUACCGACCUAUUUCAUUGGUGAUUAUGGUGCAGGGUCCCCAAAAAUAUUGUCAGAAGCAUUGAAGGACCCGAGUAACAAAGGGUUUAAGAUGGAGGGUUUAAGAGUCUGUGACAAUUUAUACUGGUUGAAAGGAAGUGGGAAGUUUAGCCUUAAUGGGUUAUCUGUGGCAUACUUAUCUGGUAGGCGAACUCCAUGUGGAACUCAAUUCGGAACAUAUAGUCAAGAUGAUGUUGAUGCUUUGAGGGCUUUAGCAGAGGAUCCAGUAACAGUAGACAUCUUUCUUACUAAUGAGUGGCCCAGUGGAGUAACAAAUGGAACGACAUCAAAAGCUCCUGUAGAAAUUUCUGAUUCAUCUGGGAGUGAUCCCACAGUGUCAGAGUUGGUAACUGAGAUUAAGCCUCGGUAUCAUGUUGCAGGAACUGUGGGUGUAUACUUUGAUCGUGAACCAUAUGCUAACGUUGAUGCUCUACACGCAACUCGCUUUUUGGGCUUAGCUCCUGUUGGAAACAGAGAUAAACAGAAAUUCAUUCAUGCGAUAUCCCCCACUCCAGCAUCAACAAUGUCGAAAACUGAGCUUAGUGCAAAGCCACCAAACGCUACUUCAUGUCCAUAUAUAAAUGCUGACAAAGCAGCCCAACCCGAUGGAGCCACUAAGAGGCCCGGUGAUGGUACUUCUGAGUCACAGUAUUGGAGGUAUGAUGUAUCCAAGAAAAAGCAGAAACAUGGAGAUGGUGGUGGUGACAGACUCUGCUUUAAAUUUGCCUCUUCUGGCUCUUGUCCAAGAGGAAACCAGUGCCAUUUUAGACAUGAUGAAGAGGCUUCAGAACAAUACUCAAGAGGUGUGUGUUUUGACUUUCUCAACAAGGGAAAAUGUGAAAAAGGUCCUGAUUGCAACUUCAAGCACAGCUUGCAGGAAGAAGGUGACAGAUCAGCAUCUGGGGCAGCAAGCUCUAAUAGGUCAAGAGAAUGCUGGUUUUGUUUGUCAAGCCCGAAUGUUGAGUCACAUCUCAUCACUAGUGUCGGAGAAUAUUACUACUGUGCACUUGCUAAAGGACCUUUAACACCUGAUCAUGUGCUGAUUAUGCCUAUUGAACACACACCCAAUACGUUAUCUCUGCCACUGGAAUGUGAAAAGGAACUGGAACGACUUCAAAGCAGCCUCAAAGCUUACUUCAAAAAGCAAGGGAAGGAAGCAGUUUUUUUUGAGUUCGUAUUCAAGCGAGGAAGUCAUGCCAAUCUCCAGGUUGUUCCUAUUCCCUCGUCCAGGGCAUCUGCGGUUCGAGAUAUUUUUAACUUGGCUGCUGACAAAUUGGGAUUUAAGCUUUCUAUGGUUAAAGAAGGAAGACAAGCGUUGCGGACACAGUUCGACAGAAGUUGCAGCUUAUUUUAUGUUGAAGUUCCUGGAGGUGAUAUUUUGUCACAUGUUAUUGAGGAGAAUGAAAAAUUCCCUGCUCAAUUUGGUCGUGAGGUUUUAGCAGGCUUGUUGAAUAUAGCAGAUAGAGCUGAUUGGCGAAAUUGUAAGGUUGGUAAAGAAGAAGAAACUAAAAUGGCUGAGAGAUUCAAGAAUGGAUUUCAAGAAUAUGAUCCAAAUCAAUAGGAUAGCCGAGAAAUAUGCAACACUAUAUAUCGAGUUCUUUCUCUCGUGUUCUUCAUUUCAUGCAACUUCAACAUUUCCUUGAGGUUCUCUUUGCUCCCGGCUUCAAUCUAACUGCAAGUAUCUGCAAAUUCUUUACAUGCACGUAUUCGUGUUAUGCUUGAACAGUCACUAUAUGAUUUUCUGAAAACAUUGUUGUCGUUUAACAGGACGCUGUUGUAACCGCCUAACCGGGCAGCAACAACAUUGCUGCAAUUUCCAUGUAUGUAACCCCCUGUCCAGUUAGGCUAUUGAGGUAGUUGUUCAUGUAUGAGCUUGUGAGUUUGUUUCAACUAUUUGAGAUAAUGUAAUACACAAUAGUGACAGCUUCUUCUUUUUUUCCUGAAGCAAUUGUAACUUUAUUGUCCACUGAAUUGUUUUUUGUUUGUUAAAAAUAUUUGGAUCCUUUAUGAAUUACAACUGUGAGUCUAUUA